UUCCCUUUUUCUCUUAAAGCCGGCAUCGGCGCCUGGCUGGCGAGUCCGCAUCUGGCAACGUUUGGGCUCUUUACUGCUAAACCGCGCUCUAAGCUUAGACGGGGAGGGCGUUCGCGUUUACACCUCACCUUUUCUGUCCCUCUCGGGCCCCUGUAGCGGAGCCACACAGAAGAAGGUAGCGUGACAACUAAGGCUCAAGCGAGGGUGGGGGGAGGACGCGCGGAAACUGGGCCAGGUGGGUGGAGCUUUUUGCGUGACGUCACUGGGCGGCGCCAGAUUCGAAAGCCGGCGGGGAGGAUAAGCGGCGUUUAGCGUUAGAGCCGGCGAAGUGCGUUCCCGCGCUUUUUUUUUUUUUGUCCUUCCUGCGCUGCCGUUUCUUUCUGAGGUAAAAAAGCUCCGUUUGGUUACCGGCCGGCCGUUUCCAUGGCAACCCCACCUAAGCGAAGCCGGAGCGGCGUGAAGAAGAUCGCCAUCGAGGGCAAUAUAGCCGCAGGCAAAUCUACCUUUGUGAAUAUUCUCAAAAAAGCCCGAGAGGAAUGGGAAGUUGUUCCAGAGCCGGUGGGAAAAUGGUGCAACAUUCAAGACCGCCACGAUGAUUGUGAGGAGCUGACAGCCUCACAAAAGAGUGGUGGAAAUCUCCUUCAGAUGAUGUAUGAGAAGCCGGAGCGAUGGUCCUUUACUUUUCAAGCCUACGCCUGUCUGAGCAGAAUCCGGGCUCAGCUCAAAUCCUUUGAAGGGAAACUAAAAGAAGCAGAGAACGCUGUGGUUUUCUUUGAACGAUCAGUUUAUAGUGACAGGUACAUCUUUGCAUCCAAUUUAUAUGAAUCUGAGUGUAUGAACGAAACAGAGUGGACAAUUUAUCAAGACUGGCACAGUUGGAUGAAUCAGCAGUUUGGAUCAAGCCUUGAACUGGAUGGCAUUAUUUAUCUCCGAGCUACUCCUGAAAAAUGCUUGGAUAGGAUUUACAUCCGUGGAAGGGAUGAGGAGCAAGGCAUUCCUAUGGAAUAUCUGGAGAAACUCCAUUACAAACAUGAAAACUGGCUCCAGCAUAGGACAUUACGGACAGAGUUUGAAUACUUGCAAAAGGUACCCAUUCUAACCCUGGAUGUGAAUGAAGAUUUCAAAGGCAACAGAGACAAACAUGAAAAUAUGAUUGAGAAGGUCCAAGAAUUUUUAAGUACGUUAUAGCAUUUCCAGAAGUCUUAACUGAAGCCGAGCGUUCCCAACCAUUUGGAUCAGUGAUUCAUUUUAUCAAUGCUUGAUUUUGCUUAACCAGGUUCAACUAUAUUGGGCAGUUAAAUAUUGCUACGAGCUGGUUUUCUGUUUGCUGGGUGUCCAGGUUCCUUAGGUGAAUGAAGUCUUCACUGGGCAUGAACAUUUGUUGCCAAAAACAACUGAAGAGGGGACUUGCUGUAACAACCAUAACAUUCUUUUUAUAGCAUGAAUGAAAUAGUCAAAUCUACUGUAAUUAGCAAAACUUGGAAGAUACGUCAAAUUUCAUCACAUACAUUUUAAUCAUCUAUAUUCCUGCCGGAUGAUAUAGGGCAGCAACUCAUUCUCUAAUAUGCUGAAGAUAAAAAGGUUUCCAAGCUUGCAUUUUACCCUCAAUUAUAUAUUUAAGUAACAAGCAAAUUUUUGUAGCUUGAUGUAAGUUAGCAAAAAGGCUGUCAUAGAUGGAUCGUAGGUAACCAGAAACAGGUUAUUCUAAAGCAGAAGCAUUUCCCUUGAGUGUGGAUACAAUUGACGGGUAAACGGUGAAAGCAGCCUGUCAUUCUUUUCUGCAUGGGUUGUGAUGUUGCAUACAUAUUCAAAAGAGUACAGUUUGCAUUGCGAUGGUCUAGCAUUACUUGGGUCAGGUGGCUAAAUUUUUUUGGUCCUGAAUCCACCUGUGUUCUCAAGGCAAUCCCCUCAGUUUUCUAGCAUAGGCUAUUGACUUCUUCCUGUAGAAUAAAAUGCCCGAAGUAAAGCAUUUAUGACUUCUCGGAUUCAAACUUGCUCUUUCCUUCAUUUGGAAAGUCAUGGCCAAGCUAUGCAUCAAAGUUACAGGCGUGCCAAACGGAAUCACCCAGGUAAAUCAGGACUAUCAAUGACUUCUGCAUCGUCCAAAAUGUGUGUUUUAUUUAAUGUUCUCUGCAUUAGAUUGAUCUAAGGCAGGGGUGUCCAACCUUGCAACUUUGGCUGGCUGGGGAAUUCUGGGAGUUGAAAUCCACAGAAAGUUGCAAGGUUGGACACCCCUCUGGACUAAGGCGUAACUGGCUGCAGCCGAUUUGUAUUUAGCUGCUUGCUUGCUUCAUGUUUUAUCGAUUUUAACGUACUGCUAAAUAUUCCACUUAAACUUGGGAGUUGUUCUCUUAAAACACUUGGACCCAUUUUAUAUUGUCAUACGAAUACUGGAAAGGAACUUCAGGAAUAACUGGUUUAACUUAUUAAUCUCUUUUACCAUUUCACUUUUUAAAACUGCAACGCAUCAAAAUGUGUAGCCCCCUGAAAUGGAUUUAUUCUUACAGGGGUGUCUAGGUAUAGUCAAAACGAGUUCAUGUUUUUAGCCUCCAAAGAUGUACGAUGUUUGAUCAUCUUGGAAACUUUUUUGCUGAAAUAAAGGUCGAAAAUAUCGCAUUUCUGUAUCAUUCAUUGUAUCAAUAAAUCUUAAUCAUGUGUCGAUAUAA